AGAAAAGGAUGCGUCGUCCUGCCAGGAGCAACUGAACGAGUUUCGGAAGCUGGUUGGGGCCGUGAGGAAGUGGCUGAAGGAGAGCGAAGGCAAAAUGCCGCCCGCCGAGACCUCCCUGGGCACCCUGGAGCUGCACGAGCACAGGCAGCAGAUCCAGGAUCUCCUGGAGGAGUGGAAGGGGAAGGGGGCCGAGGUAGAGGAGAUCGGCCGCAGAGGGACCCUCCUGGAGAACCUGAUCGUGGAGAUUACGGCCCCCGACACCCCGUCCAAGGCAGGUGCUGUGCCGCCCGCACCGGGAGGGUCGUUAGGCAGCGUGAACGGAUACCACACAUGCAAAGAUCUGACCGAGAUCCAGUGCGACGUGUCAGACGAAAAAACGCUGUCGGAGCUGGAUGCCUCCUCCUCGCCCACCAAGACGGAGACAAUGAGAGUCCAGGCUGAGCACAACAAGGCGUUUCUGGCUGAAUUGAAACAGAAUUCAGAGAAGAUCCAGAAGGUAAAGGAAGCGCUUUCUGGCUUGCUGGAGAAAUAUCCAGAUUCUCCAGAAGCAGCGAACUGGAAGAAGAUGCAGGAAGACCUGAAUUGCAGAUGGGAAAGAGCCAGCCAGGCGACGGCCGAGCGGCAGCAGAAGCUGGAGGAGUCGGCGAACCAGCUGGCCAGCUUCCAGGCGGCCGAAGCCCAGCUGCGCCCUUGGCUCAUGGAGAAGGAGCUGAUGAUGAGCGUGCUGGGACCCCUCUCCAUCGACCCGAACAUGCUGAACGCACAGAAGCAGCAGGUCCAGUUUAUGCUGAAAGAAUUUGAAGCUCGCAGACAACAGCAUGACCAGCUCAACCAGGCAGCUCAGAGCAUCUUGACGGGCCCUGGAGAUGUUUCUCCAUCCACUAACCAGGUGCGGGAAGAGCUCCAAGGAGUUAAUCAGAAAUGGUCCGAGCUAACGGAACGCCUCAACUCUCGCUCCAGCCAAAUUGACCAAGCCAUAGUGAAGAGCACCCAGUACCAGGAGCUUCUCCAGGGCCUCUCCGAGAAGGUGAAGGCGGUUGGGCAGCGCCUGAGCAACCAGUCUGCCGUCAGCACGCAGCCCGAUGCCGUGAAACAGCAGCUGGAGGAAACCAGCGAGAUCCGCUCGGACCUGGAGCAGCUGGAAGAGGAGAUCACAGAAGCUCAGAGCCUCUGCGAUGACCUCUCUGUCCUGAUUGGGGAGCAAUAUCUCAAAGAUGAGUUAAGGAAACGUCUGGAGACGGUGGCUCUUCCUCUCAAAGGGCUGGAAGACCUGGCAGCCGACCGGAUGAACCGACUGCAGACUGCGCUUGCGAGUUCCCAGCAGUUCCAGCAUAUGUUUGAUGAACUCAGGACCUGGCUGGAUGACAAACUGUGCCAGCAAGCUCAGAGCCAGCCUAUUUCUGCGAAACUAGAGAGGCUACAGAGCCAAAUUCAAGAACAAGAAGAGUUCCAGAAGAGCCUCAACCAACACAGUGGCUCCUACGAGAUGAUUGUAGCCGAGGGAGAAUCUUUGCUGCUUUCUGUCCAGCCUGGGGAGGAGAAGACCACUCUGCAAAACCAGUUGGUCAGCCUCAAAACACACUGGGAAGACCUCAGCAAACAGGCUGCUGACAGACACUCCAAGCUCAAGGACUGUUUGCAGAAAGCUCAGAAGUACCAACGGCACAUGGAAGACCUCCUCCCUUGGGUGGAGGACUGCAAGGCAAAGAUGUCGGAGCUGGAAGUAACCCUGGAUCCGGUGCAGCUGGAGGCGACUCUUCUGAGAUCAAAGGCUAUGCUGAGUGACGUGGAGAAGCGCCGCUCCUUGCUGGAGAUGCUGAACAGCGCUGCCGACAUCCUGAUUGAUGCUUCUCAAACCGACGAGGAUGAGGUUCGGGAUGAGAAGGCUGGGAUCAAUCAGAAGAUGGAUGCCAUCACAGAAGAGCUGCAAGCCAAGACGGGCUCCAUCGAAGAAAUGUCGCAGAGGCUCAAGGAAUUUCAAGAGAGCUUCAAGAACAUUGAGAAGAAGCUGGAAGGGGCGAAGCACCAGCUGGAGAUCUACGAUGCACUGGGGCCACAAGCCUGCAGCAACAAGAAUUUGGAGAAGCUCAGGGCACAGCAGGAGGUGCUGCAGGCCCUGGAGCCGCAAGUGGAUUACCUGAAAAACUUCACUCAAGGUCUAGUAGAAGAUGCGCCAGAUGGGUCUGACUGUUCCCAGCUCUUAAGCCAAGCUGAGGUGGCUCAGCAGGACUUCAAAGCUGUGCAGCAGAGAGUGAACGACUGCUGUACACUCAUGGAAAACAAGCUUGAAGGGAUUGGCCAAUUCAAUAAUCGGGUGAGGGAGAUGUUCUCUCAACUGGCGGAUCUCGACGAUGAGCUGGACAGCAUGGGCCCCAUCGGGAGAGACUCUGACAGCCUUCAGUCCCAAGCAGAGGACGUUCGCGCAUUCCUGGGCAAACUCCACAGGUUGAAGUCUGACAUCGAAGCUUCUGAAAGUGAAUGUAAGAAGAUGCUGGAGGACGAAGGGAGCCCCGAUUUAUUAGGACUGAAACGUGAAUUGGAGACGCUGAACAAACAGUGCAGCAAACUGACCGAGAGAGGCAGGAACCGUCAGGAGCAGGUAGAAACGACACUGUCUCGUGUCGAGGACUUUUACAGCCGGCUGAAGGAGCUGACCCACAUGACAACGGCAGCGGAGGAGAACGAGGCGUUGCAGUGGGUGGUGGGAACAGAGGUGGAAACCAUCAACCAGCAGUUGGCAGACUUCAAG